AUGACGACCCCCGCCCCCACCAAGACCUCCUUCACCAUCGGCACUCGGAAAUCCAAGCUCGCCUUAGAACAGACCGAUCUGGUGCAAGCUGCUCUCAAGAAUACCCAUCCCGACUAUGAAUUCAAGAUUUUCUCCAAAGAGACCGCGGGCGAUCUCAACACUAAAAUCGCGCUCCGCGAUUUUACCACCAAGAACCUGUGGACCGAAGAGCUGGAGGAAUUGAUGAUCGACGGUCAGGUUGAUUUCAUCGUCCACUCUCUCAAAGUACAAUGUGCUCAUGCCCCCGCGCUCGUCCUAGAUGUCCCCACCCUCCUCCCCUCCACUUGCACCCUGGGUCCCAUGAUGCCCCGCGAAGACAGCAGAGAUGUGCUAGUUGUGAAGCAAGGGCUGCCGUAUAAGAGUCUGGCGGAAAUCCCCGCGGGCUCCGUGGUCGGAACCUCCUCUAUCCGCCGAACCGCUCAAUUGGCCCGAAAAUACCCUCAUCUCAAGGUCCAGGACAUCCGCGGUAACAUUGGCACCCGACUGGCGAAGCUGGACGCGGAAGAUAGCCCGUACACCUGUGCCAUCCUCGCGGCAGCCGGUCUCUUGCGUCUGGAGCUUCAGGAUCGCAUCACACAGUAUCUCGACUCGAAGAACGGCAUGCUCUACGCGGUCGGACAGGGCGCCCUCGGUAUUGAAAUUCGCAAGGAAGAUACCUUUUUGAAGGAGAUGUUGGAUAAGAUUGGUCACGAAGAGACCACAUUUGCCUGCCUGGCGGAGCGCAGUUUGCUGCGAACCCUUGAGGGAGGCUGCAGUGCCCCGUUGGGUGUUGAGACAGAGUGGAUUCAGAAUGCCGACUCGAAAAAAUUGCGCAUGCGGGCCGUGGUGGUCAGUGUCGACGGCAAGCAAUGUGCAGAGGUGGAGAUCGAUGGCGAUGUCGAUUCCGCCGACAGUGCAGAGGCCUUUGGCGUGACAGUGGCUGAUGCAUUGGUGGCCGACGGCGCCGGAGCCAUCCUGGAGGAGAUUCAGCGCAAUAAAGUGGUCAAGGAGAAUCUCUCCAGCUGA